AUGGCGGCGGGCUCCGAUUUGCUGGAUGAUGUUUUCUUCAACACAGAGGUGGACGAAAAAGUAGUUAGUGAUGUAGUCGGAUCUCUGGAGUCUGAGCUAGGAGGAGUCGGUCACGUCGACACAACGGGCAGGGUCCAGUCUGCAGCAAAUCACGUCGGCAACUCAGCUGUAGCUAGUAACGUUACUUCCAAUGUUCAGGGCAGCAAAAUGGGACUUUCACAAGAGCUUGCUAAAGCAGGGACAGGAGUGCAGGGAGGUGUCAGUAACAGUGCGGGCUCCCACGGUUCAAGCAUGGAUGGAGCAGCUGGGACCACAUCGGCGGCGGGACCGAGUGUGACAGCCGCCCAGAGUCAGUUCAAGCCGGGGACUGCUAGCGGGGGCGUUUCGGUAGUAUCAGACGCAGCAUCUGGUGUCGGGAAACCUGGAACAACUGGUGCUCAAACUUUGAAUGGAGGCGCCGUUGUGACGAACUGUCAUAUCCCCGGAGGCGCAUCUGUUGACAGCAGCUCGCAGCCCACUGUCACUGUUGUCAACAACGGACCUGUUUCUGUGAAUAAAGGAAACGCAGCAGUUUUGUCUGCAGCACCCAGCACUAUCAUACGAACUUCUUCGACGAGUGCACCGAGCGCCGUGACUUCGCUUGUCAUUUCGUCUCAGCCCACUGUGAAAGGUGUACCCACGGUCACGCUUGUGAGGCCACCUAUGCAAACUAACAGCUCACAAAGCGGAGGCACCGUUUUAACAUCACCAGCUGUCAGUGUCACCAGCACCACCGGCUCCCUAGUUAACAAACUCGACUCCGCAAAGACUGUAUUGCAGACCGGUGCUCACGUUGUGACUUCAAGCGUUGCGACCGGGACGACUGCGACCAUGAGGAGCCCGACCGUCUUGCAAAACUUGAGGACUUCAGUACCGUCGCCAAUCGCUGCCACCGCUCCCGGGGGGAUAAGAGCUAUUGCUCCACAGGUGUUGGCCCCAAGACUCACCCAGCCGCAACAAAACGCACCAAACAUCCAAAACAUCCAGCUCCCUCCAGGCAUGGUUUUGGUUCGCAGUGAGAGUGGGCAGCUGCUGAUGAUUCACCAGCAGACCUUGGCUCAGAUGCAGGCUCAGUCCCAGUCUCAAAGCGCCAUGACACCACGACCUGCAGCUCCGACCAGCACUCCCCCUGUGCAGAUCACUUCUCUACAGGCUCCAGGCGCAUCACUGCUGGCUCGUCCCAUUACCCCCACCACUAUUAUCAAGCAAGGUUCCACAGUUCAGACCACUGUGACCACCACCACGACACUGCAGAGGCCUCCUGUACUGCAGAACACCAUCAUGCUGGGAGGAACUGCCGCCACCCCAGGACAGCCGCUAGGAACGCCCACUACUGUGCAGCCUGGAUCUGCCGCCACAGCAGUAACGCAAAGGGUAGGGCCCCUCGGGGCCACUGGGAGCCCUGUCACCCCAACAGCAGUCUCAGCUGAGACACUGGAGAAUGUGAAAAAGUGUAGAAACUUUCUGUCCACGCUGAUCAAGCUUGCAUCCAGUGGAAAACAGUCUUCUGAGACUACAGCCAACGUCAAGGAGCUCGUCAAGAACCUGCUGGAAGCGAAGAUAGAGCCUGAAGAUUUCACCAGUAGGUUAUACCGGGAGCUCAACUCCUCACCACAGCCGUACCUUGUGCCUUUCCUGAAGAGAAGUCUCCCAGCACUGCGUCAGAUGACUCCAGACUCAGAAGCCUUCAUCCAUCAGAGCCUGCUGCCUCAGCCCAGCACUCAGCCUGCUGCAACAGCUUCCACAGCUCUCACUGCUGUGGUGCUACGACCUCCUCUUUCCACCGCCGCCACUACAGCCACCAGCACUGCAGCAACCAAAACCACAGUUAUCAGCCUCACUCAGACACCACACAGCAAACCUGGACUGAUAGUGCCACAGCAACAAGGGACAAUGGUGAGGCCCCAGAUGACCCUGGCUCAGUCUCCCAUGGUAACACUCAGAGGACAAUCUCACAGUCGCAUCAUUGUGGGCCAGCCACAGGUGGUCAAACAGCUGCAUUCAGUUCCUGCAGUGAAGCAGACGUUGGCUCCAGGGGCCAAAGGAGUACAAGUCAUCAGUCAAGCUUCUCUCACUGCCGCUCAGAAAAACAAGCUGAAGGAAGGAGGCGGAACCUUCAGGGAUGAUGAUGAUAUCAAUGAUGUGGCCUCCAUGGCAGGAGUCAACUUGUCGGAGGAAAGCGCCCGUAUCCUAGCAACAAACUCUGAACUUGUUGGCACAGUGACUCGAUCCUGUAAGGAUGAGACCUUCCUCGCUACCUCCUCACUAACCCGAAGAGCUCUGGAGAUCGGUAAGAAGUUUGGUGUCCACGAGUUGGGCACAGAUGUGAUUAACUUCAUUUCCCACGCUACACAGCAGCGAUUACAAAAUCUGCUGGAAAAGGUGUCACAAGUAGCACAGCAGAAGAACGUUACCUUCAAGGAGGAUGAGCGGCAUGAGCAGGUCAGCGAUGUGCGAGCCCAGCUGAAGUUCUUCGAGCAGCUGGAUCAGAUGGAGAAGCAAAGGAAGGAAGAGCAGGAGAGAGAGAUCCUCUUGAAGGCUGCCAAGUCUCGGUCACGGCAAGAGGACCCAGAGCAGCUUCGACUUAAACAGAAGGCCAAAGAGAUGCAGCAGCAGGAACUGGCUCAGAUCAGGCAAAGAGAAGCCAAUCUAACAGCGCUGGCAGCAAUCGGUCCAAGGAAAAAGCGGAAAAUGGACUCUCCGGUUAGGGGCGCCAGUGCAGAGGGGUCAGGAUCAGGCCCCUCCCAGCCUGGUGGCUCCAGUGGAGCAGGCUCCAGACAGUUUAUGCGACAGCGCAUCACUAGAGUCAACCUCAGGGACCUGCUCUUCUGCCUGGAGAAUGAAAAAGGGACCAGUCACUCACACCUGCUCUAUAAAGGCUUCCUAAAAUAGCAAUCACAUUAAAAUGACUAGUCCCACUCAGCGGCAUUAAGGAAGCGAAGUUGAACGGCAGCUCAGACCCUUUCUGUCGGUACUGUCUUUGAUCACUCACUGCUGAAUGAUGAGACAUCUGUCUGCGGGAUAAGAAUUAUCUGGAACACCGGAGAGACAUCAGCUUUUAAAAGCCUCUUCAAGCACAGGCCUUUUUUAUUUUCAGUGCAGAGAUGGAGCAAAUAUCUGAGCUAGGCCUUGAUUUCAGCAUGCCCUUCAGCUCGGUUUGCUCUGUAGUGAACACCUGCACCCAACCACACUUCACCCAUGCACUGCCCCAUGCUGCAUACAAGAAAAAUAUCUUUUUAACAGAACUGAGCAAUUCAGAUCAGAAGACCCUGUCAGUGUCAUUGCACUGAUAUCAAUGUUGUAGCAGCAAAUCUCUGUGAAGUGGUUUUAUUUUAGAUUCAGGUGCAACAGCCUGAUUUUACAAUACUGCAGCACUGCUAAUUUUGUUGACCAUGUUAACGUAAAUAGAGAUUUUAAUUUAUCACACAUAUAUACUAUAUUUUAGCACAGUUUUGAUGCCUGUGGAUCGUUUUACGGAGACUGAUACUACGGUCGUCUGCUGAGUUGCCUUCUUACCAAAUUAAGCCAUAUGGAUUAGAAUGUGUUGAUAAUUUUUUUAAAACUUGCAUCUGUCCGACACUUCUCUCCAGAUCUGCAGGAUGCACGCUUUAUUGUCUUGUUCUGUGCUUUCUUUGUUUGUCUUUGCUCGACUGGAAACAAACAAUAAUUACUUACAUGUCAUGCGUUGUGCAUGAUGUAAUGUUGUGUGUUGAUAUUUGAACUCUCGCCACUAUAGCGCAUUUACUGUGAGUGUGCUUGACACUGUGGUUGAAAGAGAAACUCCACAUUUUAUUGAGAUUGUAGCACAUUUGCUACACAGACUACACAUACUUUACAUUCCUAUCUAUCUUUGUUGAAGCAUACCAUCCAUUCACACAUACAUACCAUACAUUCUGAAUUUCUUUCCCCCUCCUCAGCAGUCAGCAGUUUCCAUUAUUUUGUCAGUGACAGCAUGAAAUUCAACUUAAACUGAACCUUCUGUCACAGCUUGUGUCCUGACAAAAGCCAAUUUUCGCUACAUGACUGUCGCACACAAUGGCUUUAAAAUCAGCAGGUUUUCUAGUGUGUUACUGUACUCCUAGCCAGUUCUUUCCACUCAAGGAAGUCUAAGAACAAUGAAACAUUUACAUUAUUAAAAUGAUAAUAUGUUACUUGAAUUAUGUUACCAAGUAGCAAAGCUAUUAAGUCUUUUUUUUUCAGCCUUUCAUUAAUGUCAACCAAAGAGCUACAGACUUUUUAAAUGUUAAAGUACCCUUUGACUAAAAUAUCUUUGUGCAGGAUGUUAACUGUGAUGGAUUGCCCAUCUCAAACACAUUUUACUCUACUUUUUGUUCCAUUAACUGUAAAAAGAAUAGGAAGGGAUGACUGCCUGAGGUGACAUUUAAAAAAUCUAAACUAGUAUGGUAUAAUUUGGAAAUGAAAUAGUUGCUAGUAAUGUAAAGUAUCCAGGCUGUGUAGCUCAUGAGAGUUUGAGGAAACCCAAUAAUAUGUUAUUGAUUACAGUCAUUGAAGUGAAUGACAUAUUUUUCAAUAAGUUGGAUGUCUGCAUUUUUAUAUUUAUGAAUGAUGGAGGUUGAGUUGGGUAAACAUGGAAUAACAUGCAGGAGAAGAACUGCACUUUGACAGAUCAUUUUUCUAAAACUAGUUGAUCAGAUGAACAUACCCACUUUGUAACUUUUUAUAUUUUUAGUACACAUACUAAUUUUGGUCUUUAUACCUUUGUCAUUUUAUGAAAGAAUGUUUAUUGUUAAAUUUUAUUACUGUAUAUACUUAAGUUUGCCAGCUUUGUCAGUUGACAACUUCAAAUUGGGCAAAUAUGUCAUAAUUGUCAUAUAUAUCCACUAUAUGACAAUUUAGACAAAUGUAUGACUUUUUUUCGCCAAUAUCUUGUAAAUUUUGCACAGCCCCUUGUUUAUAUGUAAAUAUCUGGAUUUAAAAAAAAGUUUUUAAUUGCUAUUUUAUAAUGGAUUGAGAGAAUGAACUCUAUUAAAACAAAA